AUGGUGUGUGAGAGUUCGGAAGCUGUUGGUGCUGGUGUUGGAGGUGGAAGCUCAGGCAGUAAGAUGCCUACACUGGAGGAGUAUGGUAUCAUCUUACUGUUUAGCGACGAUGAAUGCAAACAAAGGGGAAUAGCUAUACUAAGCGAAAUGAAGAAAUCAAGGGUGUUAAGAAGAAAGUUGAAGGAUUAUCGCAAGAAUCUAAACCAUAUGUUGUGCAUGACGAUUUGGAUCAUACGGUCACUAAUCAGAAGUGACACUGAAACGGCAAAAUCUGGACUCGCAUCAAUUCUCUGUAGUAUUAAAAAGGAACGUUCUUCAAUUCCAUAUCAGGAAUGUCCUUCAUUGCAGCAAUCUUUUCCCUGCAAAAUGUGGACUAGCAUCAAUUUUCUCAGUAUUAAAGAGGAGAACAGGUUUUUGUCUGAAGAAGUUCAGCGAGUUCUGACAUCGCGGACACAGAUUGGUGAAGCUUGGACUAUCAACAGUAAUCUCCCAUGUAUGGAUGGAAAGAAAUGGCUGAUAUUUCCGGCAAAAAGUGAAGCCCAAGCCGACAUCCACUUGCAUAACUUAACUUCUCGACUCACCCAAAUCUCAGAGCAUCUUGCUCUGAGCACUUCAAACCGGCUUGGUGCUCCUUUGGAUUUGAUUUAA